AUGCAAAGAGUGGGUAGCCUGAAGCACAAUAAGCGCGGGCUAGUGCAGAAUCCGGUCUGGGACGGUCACGAUCUUUUCAAGGGAGGAAUUGCCAUCUAUCGGAACAUCCAGGUCGUUUUCAUGUCCACAUUUGUCGAUGUCAAUAUACCCAAAGACAUCCGUGGAAAAGUCUCCAAUAAAACGCACCUGGGUCUAUCGAUAUUCGACAAUGCCUUCUACCUUCGGCGGGAGGGUACCCACAGCGGAGUCUUCGUCUGCUAUAGUCGUUCUACUUGA